AUGAAAGACACGUCCAAGUAUCCGUUCCAAAAGACAGACGAAGAAUGGCGUGAGCAAUUGACCAAGGAGGAGUUUUACGUGCUUCGUCAAGGCGGCACGGAAGCGUACGGGAAGGGUGAGUUUUGUAAGUUCUUUCCCAAAAAUGGAUAUUUUUGCUGCAAGGCGUGCGACUUUCCUCUCUAUUCGGCCGCUUCGAAAUUCCACGACACGGGAUGGGACGCCUAUUCCAAGUCGUACUAUUCCUCGAACAGCGACGGAGAAGAAAAGCCUCACAUUGGAGUGAGGGGCAUCGAGAGAGAAGUUUGUUGCAACAAUUGCGGUAGCCAUUUAGGUCAUGUUUUUCAUCAUGGCAAUGGAAAAGAACGACAAUGA